AUGGGAGUCUGUGUGGCAAUCCAGAACUUCAUUAAACUAAAUGAGAACCACUGGGACAAUUUUGUCACUGCUGAAGAUUUUUCUUUCCUAUCUGAGCAUGGCAUAAACACUGUCAGAAUUCCUGUUGGAUGGUGGAUUGUAGAGGACCCUGAUCCUCCACCCCCAUUUAUUGGUGGAACCUUGGCAGCCCUCGACAGAGCAUUCUCAUGGGCACAGGUCUACAACAUCAGGUGCAUUAUUGAUCUCCAUGCUGGUCCUGGUUCCCAAAAUGGAAUGGAGCAUAGUGCUAGCAGAGAUGGUUCUGUAAACUGGUCGUCACCGGAGUUCGUCUUGCAGAGUCUGGAUGCCAUUGAGUUUUUAUCUGCAAGGUAUGCAGAUAAUCCAGCUCUUUUGGGUAUUGAGCUAUUGAAUGAACCUUCUGCAGCUGCAGUUCCAAUCGAUAUUUUGAUAUCUUAUUACAAAAGUGGUUACCAAAAAGUACGGAACUAUUCUUCUACUGCUUAUGUUGUAGUUUGUCAAAGGAUAGGCAAUGCAGAUCCCAUGGAGCUAUAUGAAGCAAACAUUGGGGAUAAAAAUGUUGUGGUAGAUGUACACUAUUAUAACCUAUUUGAUGCUUAUUUUAAUGAUCUAAAUCCAUUACAAAAUAUGCAAUUUAUUUACAACAGCAGGAGGCCACAGUUGCAGGCGCUAAAUAGCGCAAAUGGACCUCUUGUUUUUGUAGGUGAGUGGGUGAAUGAGUGGAAUGUGACAAAUGCCUCUCGGAUUGAGUAUCAAAUAUUUGGAAGCACUCAAUUGGAAGUUUACCGUAGUGCCACUUUUGGUUGGUCAUAUUGGACCCUCAAGAGUGAAGAGAAACAUUGGGACUUUGAGUGGAGCAUUAAGAACAAAUAUCUUGUGCUUGGUAAUUCUCAGAAGAAUGGCAUUGGCAACUGCACCGCGCUCGUUGUAUCAUUUUGGGCAAUUAUUUUGGCCUUCUAUGGAUCCUUAGUACCAUAAACAAUACGCAUGGAGUACAUCAGAACGUAGCAGAAAAAAUACAUUAACAUCGAUUCUUUUUUAUUGUUAUUUUUGCUAUUCUUUUGCGGCUUUUGUCCUGAAUAAAUUUUCAAAUUAAAAUAGAAUAUUGAAUGAUACUGAAUGCAUUUUAUAUUUUUUGCCCAUUAAUGAAAGUUAUUUCAGCCUUGUAGGCUCUAUCUACACUUGUGCAAUGGACAUUGAAUGCAUGCUGAUAAAC